AUGAUUAACGAGACGAAAGUUACUUUGAAAGAUAAUGGACAAUGUGGUGGCGAUUCGGUGGCACCAUGUAUGGAAAAUGCUCAAAAUGGUGACCAAGCGGUUGCGACUUGUAGUAUGACUUCAUCGCUACAUAGAGAAAGGGAAGAAGAACUAGACAUGGUGAACGAGAUGCAACUGAAAUCGGCAACACUUCCACGUUCCCGGCUCUUCGGCAGCAAUGUGAAAGCAAAGAAGCUACGCUUUUACCGAAACGGAGACAAAUUUUUUUCCGGUCAUGUCUAUGUAUGGCGGCCUGAUAGAAUAAAGAAACUCAGCUUUCUCAUGGACGAUUUGACCGCGGCAAUGGGAAUUUCAGCAGCACUGCCAAAUGGAGUUCGCGUUAUUUUCAUGCUAGAUGGAAAAACUAGAAUCUCUUCUGUCGAACAGUUUGUUGAUGGAGAAGCUUACGUUUGUUCGAGUAACGAGUUUUUUAAACCUCUUGAUUACGCCAGCGUUCGUGAGCCGUAUUGGCAGAGAACGACGUCUGCAAUGCAACGUGAAAAGGACUUUGAAUCAACACAGUUUAAAGCGGAAACGAAUUACUUCGUGUUUCCUCGUAUCAUCACGGUGAUUCGUAAUGGAGUCAGACCACGUAGAGUCGUUCAACAUCUGCUGAAUAAGAAAACCGCAAGAUCUUUUCCUCAAAUAUUACAAGACUUAUCGAAUAAAGUUCGGCUACAAACGGGAGCAGUGAGGAAGAUGUACACUAUUCGGGGUCAUGAGGUGACAUCGCUGGUCGAUUUUUUCAAAGACGACGAUGUAUUCAUAGCAUUUGGAACGGAGAAAAGCUCGGCUGAUGAUUUUGUAAUUUCCUAUGAUGAAAAAAAUAACGUUAACGCUCGCUGCUACGGAAAACGAAUCAACGGAGGGAUCAGAAAACGAACGUUGCCUUCGCGAAACGAAAGUUUACAAGGGAAACCGCUAGACAGCCCUAUGCCAGAUGACGUUGUGAGCCAUCUGCCCUUGCAGCUUGCAGUAAACAUGAAAGUACUUAAAAAACUUGGUGAUGGGAUCUCGGCGUUCGUUUAUGAAGUGGAAAUGAGGGAGUCAUUGGAGCAUCAUGCUUUGAAGAUCAUUCCGAAAGAAAAUCAUAUUGGCAAAGAAGAUUUAGUCAAAGAGGAACUGAAAAUAUUGUCUGAAAUACGCCAUCAAAACAUAAUCUUGCUUCACGAACAUUGGAAUAUCAACGAUUCUAUUUAUAUGUUGACAGAAUUGGCUCCAGCUGGCGAUCUUUUUGACUUUCUGACCAUUCAUCGUCAAGUAUCCGAAGAACAAUCGGCAAGAAUGAUUAAGAAUGUCGCUAUGGCUUUGGAUUUUCUACAUAAAAAUGGAAUUGUGCAUCGGGAUAUUAAGCCAGAAAAUUUAUUGAUGUUUUAUACCUCGACCGAACUAUACGAUUUAAAAGUGACCGACUUUGGACUGGCAACCCGAAUCUCGGAAGAUGGAGAACCUUUGUUGACAUGCUGCGGGACGCCAACUUACGUUGCGCCUGAAGUUUUGACGAAUGAAGGUUAUGGCGUUGAAGUUGAUGUCUGGUCUUUGGGAGUGAUCCUCUACAUUUUGCUUGUCGGCUUUCCACCAUUCCAGAGUGCAGCGAAUGAUUCCGUGGGACUCUUCCAACAAAUUAUUAACGGCUAUAUUCAUUUUCCUAGUCCUUCUUUUGAUAAAAUCAGUUGGUCGGCCAAAGCUUUAAUUUUGGCGAUGAUCACAGUCGAUAUUACCAAUCGAUGCACUGCCUCUGAAGUACUCGAUAGUGCAUGGCAAAAUGCCAACGGAAAAGCUCUUCCGGAACAUGAGGUCGUUGCAAAAGGAUUUGUUGAAGCCCGCCUCAAAGAGUAUCAGGAAUACGAAGGAGAAAAUGGAGUUCUUUCCACCGAGGAUGGUCACGGUGAAUAUUACUACAGUCGAAGAGCUUCGAUGGAUGAACUAUCUGAGUGCCACGAUUAU